CUCUCUUCCACCCCCUCCCCCUCCCCCUCCCCCUCCUUUUCCGUUGUUGUUCUCCGUCUCCAGAUCUCUUCCUUCCUUUUUUUCCUCUCGCAUGCCUCAUCCACCACCACUACCAUCAUCACCAAUUUCAGCAUCUUUCUCUCUUCCCAGAUUAAUUCAAGUAGUUUGAUCUGAUUGGGAGGACAGCGAUGGAUCACUCCAGACACAGCAACCAGCAUCAGCAGCUGGGAGUCAACAAGCUGGGGAAGAACAUCCGCAAGAGUCCUCUCCACCAACCCACUUACUAUAACCACAGGCCUCAUCCUACGCCGCCGCCGCAGCCGCAGCCGCACCACCAGCCUCAACAGCCGCAGCCGCAGGUCUACAACAUCAGCAAGAACGACUUCCGCAGCAUCGUGCAGCAACUCACCGGCACGCCCUCCCGCGACUCCACCCCUGUACCCGCCGCCCCACAGCCCCGCCCCUCCAGCACCCGCCUCCAGAAGAUCCGCCCUCCGCCGCUCGCUCCUGUCGCUCGCCCCCCUCCACCUCCUCCUCCCCCGCCACUCGCGGCCCGCCCUCCUCCCUCUUUCGCCAAUCCUAACCCUAAUAUCCAUCACAAUCACCCCGUUGCUUUCCCCCGCCCCUCCCCCUCUGCCGGCCCCAGCUGGGCGGAGUCCCCCGUCUCCGCCUACAUGCGCUACCUCGAAAGCUCCCUCCUCAGCUCCGACACCUCCCGCCACCCCCGCCCGCUGCUUCCCUCCCCGGGGCUGCUCCCUUCCCCGCGCCCUCCCUUCCCCUUCCCUUCCCCUUCCCCCCGAGGGCUCCCUAAUUCGGCCUCGCUUCCGCCCCUUACUCCGCCGUCCGCUUUCCCUUCUCCGACCGCGUUUUUGGAUCUGCUCUCGCCCAGAUCUCCUUACCCCCUGCUUUCACCGGGGUUCCCCUACCCUCCGCCGAUGACUCCCAACUUUGCCCUCUCGCCGUUACCGCAACCAGGAAUUUUGGGGGCCGGGCCGUCACCCGGGCUGCAGCCGCCACCUUCCCCCGGGCUCUGGUUCCCUCAAUCGCCGUCAGGGUUCUUGCCCAUACUGAGCCCUAGAUGGAGGGAUAUGUUAUAAAUUAAUGAUCGUUGUGCGAAGCCCAGACUCUACUCCUGUGUCAAACCUUGCGAAUUUUAACAUUCUCAAAAUUGGUUUCAUCUAUUGGUCUGACCAAAAUCCGAAGCACAAUACUCAAGAUGAUGAUGAAGACAACUGCUGGCUUACGGAAUUCCUCUCGAGAUAUUGGUGGUAUUGACUCGGGAGUUCAAGAUCCAAGUGUGGCUGGCAUUAGAUGGUAUUCAUUGUCUGUUUGCUGGAGAGAAGAAUUAUCAGUUAUGAUCGAUUUUAAUGCUGAGAAAAUGGUCCAGAAACUAGUGUUUGUUUAUCAAAUGCCUUCUUACCCACCUUUACCAUUUUUUUUCUUUUCUCUAUUAAUGCCCGAGAAACAUUUUCAUAAUGAUUGAUGCUUUUUGACCGGUGGUGUGUAACCUGGCCGUCAUCUUCUUUCCUUGAAGUGAUUGCACAGCUUUAAGGAAUGAGUUUUUGUUGUAUUUA